UUUUUUUUUGGCUGUUACGCAAUUAGGUGUCCUCCUUUGCGUGCCCUUUUUUUGCGUCCAUGGCGCUCUGCGCAAGUUGUCCACUCUGAAAGGAAGGAGACCUGCGUGGGAUGCGCAGCCUCCCACACGAACUCCAAUUCAACAUUUUUGCGCAACUCGAACUAGGUGACCUCCUCAACUGUCGAGUGGCGACGCGGGAUUGGUACCAAGUGACGACCACCCUCCUCUUCAAAGACCCCGACCCUUGGCGUCUUGACCGUCUUCUGUCCACCCUCCGUCGAUCCCGUCAAUGGCGAAUCGACGCACGCUCAAGAGAUGCAGAAUCGAAAAAGGGCGUCGUCGGUGAAGAUAUCCUCUCCUGUUACCCAGGGCAUCACGUCAAGACCCUCCGCCUAGGCCCCCUAAAAGGAUUCAAGAGCCGGAUCGACAAUACCUUUGUCAAUGACUUUACACGCUGCUUAUCCUUUGAUGGCUCAAUUACUCACCUCGUCUGGCUGGAUCUAUCCGAUUGCUAUCUAGUCAACGACACUGCGUUCAUUCAUCUCAUCUCCUCUAGUCCGUAUCUGGUGCAUCUGAACGUCUCUGGAUGGUCGGGGUUAUCCGACACCGCCAUCAAGCACAUUGGAGAGUGUACACGACUUCGUACGCUGAUUCUCGGGGUUAUCUUUGAGAAUUGUAGAGCGGUUGGAGAUGCGGUGCGGGGGAGUCGGAGGACAUUGGAGGUGUUUUGUGUGGAUAGUGGUGUUGAUUGGGUAUGCGGGAAGAUUGUUUUGGAUGAAAUGGCGCUUACCACUCUUUCUGUCGCGAGGAUACCAAUGUGUAAUGAUGGGUUGGAGAAGGUAUUGCGGUGUGGAAGGUUACGUGAACUGUGUUUAACGAAACAGGAGAGUUUGCCUUGUCUGGCGAGAUUGGGAGAGUGGUGUACCAAACUGGUGUCGGUUAACCUUGCUCAAACCAAGUUCCCACCGUCAACACUCGCCAGUCUCAAAACAUGCCGUUCAACCCUCCAAUCACUCAACCUAAGUUUCUGCUCGAACGUUACGGAUGCGGAUCUGGAACCUCUUGUGCGCGAUCUUCCGUACCUUUUGUCUUUCAAAGUGGACGGAUGCAUGCUGCUUACCGAUGCGCCCAUCAUCACCCUCCUCCACCACAGCCCACUCUUAACUGACCUACAUUUUAAAAGCACGAAUAUCACCUCCACAACAUUCAACGCAAUAGUCAACGCCCAUUGUGCAAACCAGCUAGUACAUCUCUCUGUGAAACAUUGCGUGGGCAUUCAUGCCGAUACCCUCCUUACUCCCGAGCUCGCCCGUUUAUCGCGUCUAGAGAGCUUGGAUGUCUCGGGGUUGGACUUGACGCAUGUCCAUGUGGAGGUGCUCGCGCGUGCGUUGCCGAGGCUGAGGGUGUUACGGAUUGUAGGUUGUGAUGGCGUAUCUAUUGAGUUUGCUAGGGAGUUUAAAGAGUGCAAUGCACUUGGCGAGAAGAUUGCUUUGGUGGAUGUGUAUGGUGUGUGAAGGACAAGGGGAUUUAUAUAGCGCUCAUUAUUUGAGCAUCAUGUUUAGCUUCAUUUAGAGAGCAAUGUAACAUAGGAUUGUGCAUUCGAAUAUCCUUAUUGCUCAAGUCGGAGGAUCUUCCUAUUCACCUCUUAUUCCUCGU